AGUUAUUUAUAUUUGCGUUUAGUAUUGUAAUUGUUUAGUAUGUGUUAAAAUCAAUUGUAUGUUUAAAAAAACAAAAUCUACUUUAAAAAAAUAAUAAAAAAUUUGAAAACAUAAAAAUGGAAGAUUGUCGUACACCGACUUUCACCACUCCUAGAGAGUUUAAAUUUAAUGUAACACCUACCGCCAUGAAUUCCACCGUACACUCCUAUCAUGACAUCCACAAUAUCAUGGCUAACAGACGUUCCUUUACACCAGUCCACAACAACUAUCGAUCACCUGGGCUGUCACCCAUUUACCCGGUGGAUACACUUACACAUCACAGUUCCUCUUUUAUGCAAUUUAAGAAACCAACCCUGUUGACGAAACCAGUUGUUACUUAUACCGCCUCUCCCAAAUAUGGCGACAAGACAAACUUCUUAAGCCCUUGUCCAGCAUUUGGUAGUAAUUUUUCUACAUCGCCCUCAUACGGCACUUCCGAUGUCAACAGUAAAAGUCCUCAAUCAGAAGACAGCAAAAAUAUUUCUAUUCUGGAUCAUACUUUGAGUAUAAAAAUCUUAUUAAAAACUUUGGGUUUGGAACGUUACAGUGAAAAUUUUGAAAAGGCUGGCAUAGAUUGCAAAUACCUUAUGGAUAUUAAAUCAUGUGAUCUUAUAAACAUUGGUAUAACGUCGCGUGAAGAUCGUAAAUGUAUUAUGGAAAUGUUUCAAAAUAUAUUUUCAACCUCAACCUAAAAAAAGUAGAAAAACUAAUGCUAAAUCCUACAUUUUAAAUCAAUUUGUUUUUGUUUGU